AUGGUGCAGAUUCCUAUCAUCCUAUUUAUAUGUGCGUGUGUAAGUACGUUUGUUCUUUCUCUCUCUCUCUCUCUCUCUCUCUCUCUCUCACUAUACAUGUACUCUUGUUCGUACUUUCCCUCUCACUCAGUAUCUCCUUGUCUCAUUUUAUCUGUGUAUUCGUCUUCUUUCUCAUUCUCUCUCUCUCUCUCUCUCUCUUUGUGCCUGUGUGUAUAUGUAUGUAUGUAUGUAUUAUUGCGUUCCUUCUUUCUCUCUCAUUCUCUCUCAUUAUGUGUGCGCCGGUUCUUUCUUUCGCCCUCAGUAUCUCUUUCAUUUUGUCUGUGUGUACGCCUUCUUUCUUUCUUCCAUUUUUUCUUUCUUUUUUUAUGUCUGUCUUUUUUCCUUAUUCUCUCUAUUUGUCUGUGUGUAUGUAUGUAUGUAUAUGUAUGUGUUCCUUCUUUCUUUCUUUCUUUCUUUCUUUCUUUCUUUCUUUCUUUUCUUUCUUUCUUUCUCACUCUCUCUCAUUCUCUCCCAAUAAGUGAGUGCCUGUUCUUUCUUUUCCCCCUCUUUGUAUGUUUCUCUCAUUUUGUCUGUGUACAAAGAUUUUUCUUUCUUUCUCUCUGUUAG